UGCGGCACUUGCAUAUAAAAGUCAAGAAUCAUUUGCCUCGCUUCACAGUCUUUAAAUUUCAAGCGCAGCAUCGGUUUGCCAAUUUGAUUUCGGCUUGAUUUUGUCUAUAAAAGUUCGUUGGUUUGUGGUUUUUCGCUUUGAUAUUUCUUUUUUAAUUUUGCUUUGUAUUCGGUUGCGUGUGAUAAUACUCACGUCUUGGCUGAAGUGGUUUCUUUGCCUAUUGAACGCGUCUUGAGCGCGUUUUAUUAACGGAUUUGGACAGGACUCGCGUGUGUACGAAGGAUAUCGAGAAGUAGUGGCAGGAUGUUGAUGUUAAAGAUACUCUUUAUAACAGCAACAUUUGCUUUAACCCAUGGUGGUGUCAUUGGCCCGUAUGCCGCACAUUAUGGACCACACGGCGCUAGACCGCUACACUAUGCACCCUAUGCAGCACCUCAUGCACCACUUCCAGGGCCAUAUGUAGCACCAGCACCAGCACCAGCACCGGCUGCCCCUGAACCCUAUGAUCCAGCACCAAAAUACUCUUUCGGCUAUGACAUUCAAGAUGUUUCAUUUGACCCUUUUAUGACCCCUCCGAUGCCCGGGCAAGAUCAGCCCUAUUCACUUGUUGAUCCGGAUGGCACCAAGCGCACUGUAGACUAUACCGCUGAUCCGCAUAAUGGCUUCAAUGCCGUUGUGCGUAAGGAACCCAUUGCUUACAAAGUCGCCCACGCCCCUGCUCCAGCUCCCAUAGCACCCGCACCCAUCGGCCCAGCAGUAGCCGUGAAGGCACCAGCCAUUUCCUAUCCAAUAGCAAUCACUCCAGCCCACAUUCCAGUCCCAGCACCAGUACCAGCACCAGCACCCGCUCCCCUACCCAUUGCACAUACUGGCCCACAUUUUGCUGCAGCCUAUCCAGCUUUGGCACAUAGCUCUGCCUAUGCCAGCUAUCCGCUCGCUACAGAUCCGCAUUACGGUAACUAUUAUCCGCACUAAGUUCGACGAAUGGCAGGCAUUGAAAGCAUUUUGGAUAUCGUCCAAGGCGACUAUUUACUUUGAAAUGAUUUUGCUAAUAUUACACAUUAUUUUGUAUACGUUAUUUUUCCGCUUUGCAUCUAUCAGCUACCUCUUAUCUUUGUUAAUUCAUAUAAACAUACAUACAUACUCACAUAUAUAUAUAUUUGAAUAUAUAAGUAUUUGUAUUUUUGCAUAUCCGUUUAAUUGCUUUUAUUAUGGCAUGGCAUUUAAUUAUUACUCUGGCACACACACAAAAAAAGUAAUAUUAAAUAUUCCAUAUCAUAAUCGCAAUCAUAAUCGCCAUUAACGGUUCAUUCAGUAUAUUACUUAUAAAUAAAUACAUAUUUUUAAUUUGAGUAUCGAUGGAAGGACGUACAUUUGUACGAGAAUUACACAUACAGUUAUGUCCUUUACUAUAUAUAUCUCUCUCUCUCUCUUUCUCCUUUUUGCUCUCUUAUGUAUUUCCAAUCACAAACAAAUACGAUUACAAUGUUAGCAUAAUGAUUACAUUAUUAGAAUAGAUUCGAAAGCGUGUGUGUUGUUGUUUUCUAAGCACUAAGUUUUAAGAUUUUUUACGAACUUAAUUUUUUAUACAUACAUGCAUACAAAUAUUUAAAUAAAACAGGUACAUUGUGUAUAUAAUAGGAGGA